AUGUGGUAUGUGCAACUUUAUAUUAUUGUCCAACAGAAUCUAAAUUCACUGGAACGAGUCCUUAAAUGCACUGAGAUAGAGCAGGAAGUUAAGCAGCCAUUCAUAAGGACCGUCGAUAUUCCUGAGCACUGCCCGUCGCAGGGUGGAGUUCACUUCGAAGGAUACAAAACUCGGUACGCGCCUGAGCUGCCUCCAGUCUUCAAUGAUAUUGGUUUCAACGUCCUACCGGGCGAGCGUGUUGCUGUCGUAGGGCGCACAAGUGUGGGAAAAAGGACGCUCACGCUGGCAAUCAUCCGGGGCUUGGAGGCAGAACUCAGUCCCAUAAAGAUCGAUGAUAUCGAUAUUAGUGAAGUGACGCUGCAUCAACUCCGACAGGCUGUUACUAUAGUGUCGCAGGACCCUGGGCUGUUCCGACGCUCAAUGAGCGAGAAUCUCGAUCCGCUACGUUGCUAUACCAAUGAAGAAAUGCUUGAAGUACACCGGAAAGUCCGUCUUCUACAUGCUAUCAGUACAGAUAAUCUAAACUCAGCCACUACCCUAAAUUACCUAGAUCAUUCAGCAGACGCGCUUUCUCGCGGGCAGGGCCAGUUGCUGUGCAUUUCCCAGUGA